CGUCUUUCGCCUUCGGGGGGCCCUGCGGCACGCGGGGACCCAGCCGCAGGCCGCCCCCUUUUCUGUCAAGGCGCUUCGCGUGGCUCUGGCCUCUCCAGUUACCCGAACGUCGGCCAAGGACAGGAUGGCAGCACAGAAGAGGAGGGUCUCUGGAGUGCCGGAGAAAAAGAGGAAAAAGCUGAAGGCAGCAGCGGCCGAGGCACCGGGGGCACGUGAAGGCGCCCAGGCCUCUGAGCAGGCACCUGAGAGAGAUGGCGUAUGCUCAGACCCAGAGCUGACCCCGGAGCUGACCCCCGAGGAGAAGAGGGUGCUGGAGAGGAAGCUGAAGAAGGAGCGGAGGAAGGAGGAGCGGAAGCGGCUGCGGAAGGCGGGUGCAGCCCCGGCCCAGCCCUUGAGGGCCCAGCGCUCCCGCGCCCAGCUGGCCCUGGACUACCUCCGGGGCUGGGCCCAAAAGCAGGAGGACUGGAGGUUUCAGAAGACGCGGCAGACCUGGCUGCUGCUGCUGCACAUGUAUGACAGCAACCAGGUCCCAGAGAAGCACUUUCCCGCCCUGCUGGCCUACCUGGAGGGGCUGAAGGGCAGGGCUCGAGAGCUGACCCUGCAGAAGGCUGAAGCCCUGAUGCGGGAGCUGGACCAGGCGGGCACUGAUGACCUGGACCCACCCCUGCAGGCAAAGACUCGGCGUGUCCGGCAGGUGCUGCAGCUGCUCUCCUAGGGGCGGUGGCCAUGAGAGGCCCUGCCAGCCUGGGGGCCCCACCUUGGACUGCCUCCUGCCAGUGGGGACAACAGGGUCACCAGCAGGCCAGGGGCUUCUGGGUCUGGGGCCUCUUCCUCUUGACACCCGACCUCUGGAAGGACCUCCCGCAGCAGCCCCUCCUCGCCAGAGCUGUCGAAAGGCGGCCACAGGCUGACACCUGACGGCGCACACACCCUGUGCAGCAGCCUGGGGCCCCGGGAAGGAGCUUGUGGGGGAAUGCCUGGUUCCUCCCGGGGGCUCUCUCGGAGUGUCCAGAGCCUGCUUCCCACCAGCUGCGGGCCGCCCAUGUGGGGCUGGGGGCCCCUCCCGCGCAGGCCAUGCAUCUGCUGGCCGCUGGCCUGCCCUCAGCAAGCAUGCCGGGCUGUGGCUGCCCACCUCCCACUCCUCCUCAGGCAGAGCCUGGCCUUGUUACCCAGCUGCAGGGAGACCUGGCUGUGUUUUCAAUUAAAGCAGCGCCCCCCUUA